UCAGGCUCAGGUACGCUUUCACAUCAGGAUAGGCUCCACAAGUGGUGGUCAUUCCUUCGAUUCAUGUUCCGAGCCUCCUGGUAUCGCAAUCUGUUCUAGCGUAUUUCGUUAGUGCUCGUCUUGCAAUGUUAACGCCAGAAGUAUUCUCCCGACUUCCUCCCCGAUUUUGUAACAUUUUAUUCGAUCCUGUUGCGACGUGUUGUGCCUUGCGCGCGCUGUGGCGCUGGCCGCUGACGAGACACGAGACCCACCACACACCACGAGACGCUUCACGCUUCUACCAGUCUUGGUUUUUGUGCGUAGCAAGCAUGUAGGUAGCAGACGUAGGUUUUCUCGAAUGCGUCAUGGCGAGCUUCACAUGUCGAACCGAGCCUCUGGUGUCCUGCCCGUUCAAUCCAGCACAUCAAGUGAAAAGUAACAGACUCAGCAUUCAUAUCGCCAAAUGCAGAAAGCAACAUCCCCAACACGACGUAAAGAUGUGCCCAUAUGCAGCAGAUCACAUAGUGCAUGCCUUCGAGUUUGCUCACCAUGUAUUUACUUGCCCCAAGAGGAACACCGUAGAAAAAUAUCUCAUUGAAACACAACUGACGGGCGCUUCACCAUCAAAGAAUGAGGAUAUGGAAUUUGACGAGGACUGGGAUGCAGAUGGGUCAACUCAGGCAUACAAGUUGCCAAGUGUUGCACCAAUGUUUCGCAACGUUCAGGGAAUGACCCCAGCUCAACGUAGGACCUAUUAUGCUUCACUUUUCCACAGUGAGGAUAUCACCCUUCCGGUACCUAGCCAGCCAGAAAGUGAGCAGAAGGUCCUGCAGGCACAGCCCGGCUCACUGCCCUCUGAUUUCUCAAAGAGCAUUGGGAAGGACCAAGUGCCUGACGUGAAGGGGAAACUUCUAGCAAUGGGAAGAGGUCGUAAAAAGGCUGACGCUUAGACUUUCUUAGCUUCAUUUGUGCAUUAUCAUAGAUUGUAUUCCAACACUUUAAUGGGGAAGCCAUAAAUACUUGGCCUCACUUCCUUCAUUUUCCUUUUCAGUGUAAAAGGUUAUCCUUUCAUGUUUGUGUUGUAUAAGCUAACUACGUUGAGUAUUUUUCUUGUAAGGACUACUGUCAAGGAACACAUUUCACACCAGUUUGUUUUGGCAAAGGAUGUCACAACAUUAUUGUGUUUUUUGUACCUUGUUAAAUAUAUCGGAAUGUGAUGCCACAAAGUUUUUCUGUCUGGGUUUACAUUUGUGAACAAGCAAAGUUUGGAGGCACUGUGCUGGAUGAACACAUCUUUCUUUCUCUGUCAUAACUGUUGCCAGUGCAUUACAUGAAUCAAUACUGAGUUAGACUUGCCAAAGAGUAAUAUUCUUCUUUAACAUAGUGAAAGUUAAUUUCAAAUUUUGUAAUGGAUCUUCCCAAUUGAGCUAGAAAAUAAUUGUUAUCACUUCAAUGGAUGAGCGAAUUUCUUCAUCGGAACGGCCCCCUGCUAGCUAUCGGGAAGCGAUGGAAUAAGACUAUCCAUCUCUCAAUAGCUCCUAGGGUGUCACUCCAAUGGAGAAAUGUGACACCUUGGUGUUCCGUAAACUUUUGUUCCAAGUUGUACCUUCCACGAUGCUGUUGUAGUGAUGUCGUGCGACAGAUUUAUUCACCCACAAUGUAAACCUCCACCUGCCCUGCAGUAUGUGUUGAAGAACUUUUAGACAAUCCUGGUGGCAUAACAUAAUUUGCAAUACAUGCUUUGAGCGUGUUGUAUUCUCUCUCUGAAUGAACUAGAAAAUCAUGAAAGGAGGAUUGUU